CCUGAUUCUGAACUGUGUCAACUGCAAGAAGCUCCGUGGCCACGUUCUGAAUCAGAAGAUGGCCGACCUGCCGCAUGACAGACUGGAACCUGCGGCGCCUUUCACCUAUUCAGGCGUGGACUUGUUUGGUCCAUUCCUGGUACAGGAGCGACGGAGUGAAGUGAAAAGGUGGGGCGUUCUCUUCACGUGCAUGUCGUCUCGGGCAGUGCAUAUCGAGACGGCAAACUCACUGUCGACGGACUCUUUUCUUAACGCCUACAGACGGUUUGUGAGCCGAAGAGGCCCGGUGAGGGUGCUGCGAAGUGACAGAGGCACAAACUUCGUGGGCGGGAAGAGAGCCUUAGAGCAGGCUUUGGACGAGAUGGACGACGACAGGAUACGCAGAGAGCUGGUGAAGGAGAACUGCGACUGGGUCAUCUUUCGGAUGAAUGUCCCAACAGCCAGCCACGCAGGAGGCGUCUGGGAGCGUAUGAUUCGCUCCGCUCGGGCUGUCUUGGGCGGUCUCGUUCAGGAAUGUCACGGGGCUCGGCUGGAUGACGAGCUCCUGCGAACGCUGCUCUGCGAAGUGGAAGCUAUCGUUAAUAGCAGGCCUCUCACAUCCUUCAACAUGACUCCCGAUGAACCCCACCCAAUCUCACCCAUGACUCUACUAACACAGAAAUGUAAUGUAGUGCUUUCGCCGCCUGGUGCCUUUCAGAGGACUGACGUCUACUGCCGUCGUCGCUGGCGACGCGUCCAGUACCUGGCAAACCGGUUCUGGCAACGAUGGCGCUCCGAGUUCCUCCCGAGUCUCCAGGAAAGGAGGAAAUGGGCGACAGCGCACGAGAACAUCGAACUGGACAGCGUCGUGCUCGUUGUCGACGACAACUCUCCCCGCUGCAAGUGGAUGCUGGGGCGCGUCACGCGGCUUCAUCCGUCCGACGACGGAUUCGUCCGGCGGGUCGCCGUACGCACGAAAGACGGAACAUAUGAUCGACCGAUACAGAAGCUGGUGCGGCUCCUCCCGUAGGCGCCGACUUCGGUGGCGCUCGGCGGAGCUGGGCCGCGCGCUGCUGGUGGCUCCGGCGGCGCUCUGCGGGGCCGGGCCGCGCGCUGGUGGUGGCUUCGGCGGUGCUUGAGCAGAGUUGGCGGCUGCAGCCAUCGACGGCGCUCGGUGGGACUGAACUGUGCGCAGCUGUCAGGCUGAACUGUGUAGCUGCUGCGUAGCCUGGACUGCUGCGUAGCCUAGACUACUGCUGCGACCCUGAGCGUUGCGCGUGGGGCUGUCUGUGGCUCUGCCAGUGACGACGGUGGCUCAUUUGAUGACAGUGGCUCAGACGUUGAAGGUUUAACUGAGACAUGCAGUUAUGCAGUGCCUCAGAGCGUGCGACAUAAACAGUUAACAGCCACCGACAGUGUGGUGGUUGUUAGUGCGUUGUGAACUGAGGAGAGUGGCACGUCAGCCGACGAGUGAGCUGACUAGUAUGUGUUGGCGCUACGUAUCGUGAGCGGCUGCCGAGUGACGGUUAGUGAUGGACGACGGGCAACUCCCGUGACGUAAGAUGAUUUCAGUUUGCCACCAUCUUUACCGUCGUCGGUCGUGUAGCGCAGGAUGGUUGCGCUCCGCGGUCGUGUUGCGUAAAUGUGGACUGUCUUGUUAUAGAAUCGUGACCGAUUGGUGGGAGUGUAACCGCCGCCCAGAGGUCAUUGGGCAGCGAUGUUUUCUUUUCCCCAAUUUGCCGCCUCCAAUUAAUAGAACCUUGAACAGGGCGUGGCACGCGGUGAAGCGUGGCCAUUGACACGUACGAUUGUGAUACUGGGACGUCAGAUCCCACAAAAGUUUUACGUACAAUAUAGCGGCACCUAGUAGAAUGGCGGUUUAUUUGUAGAAAUUGAUUUGAAUGGCCGUUAC